AACCCAACACAAUGGCCACAUUUUUUCAGCAGUUCAAGGCCCUUAUGUACAAAAAUAUUCUGUAUAAGAAAAGAAACAAAGGCCAGCUUAUACAGGAAGUAUUAUCUCCAAUUUAUUUUGUUGCCAUCUUGGCCAUGACCAAAGCGUUCCUUCCCCUAGAUCCCAAACCCGCUGUUACCAACAUUCCCUUGGUGCAUCCGGAGAACUUCUCUGUCAAGAGCACAGGGAAAAUUCUAGUAUGUCCUGACACAAACUAUACCCGCUCAAUAGCAUCUGAUGCCGCGGGCAUUUUUCAGCAGUUGUUGAGUCUUAACUCCACUCCUACGCUGGAAUAUUAUCCUGAUGAUGUCGCCAUGGUAGCAGCGUUCAAGGCAAAUUACUCCGGUAUUUCAGGGUUUGCAGGACUACAGUUCAUGUAUAAUAAUGGAAGUAAUCUGUCAUAUGCCAUCAGGAUGCCCAUUCAGGACAUUGUAGAUACAAAGAGUAGCAGCAUUUAUAGAACUGCAAAUGACCAGUGUCGAGGUGGUAAUGGUCUUGAUUCUUAUUCCUGUGACGCUCUGAAGUAUUUGCACACUGGCUUCAGCAUGAUCCAAGUGGCAACAGAUACGGCUCUGAUGAGGAGUCACUUUGGCAUAACAUCAAUACAACCACCUGAUCUCUCAUUCCAAUUGAUGCCAUUAGACAAAUACCAGCCAGACACUUCUUACAUACAAAUCAUAUCUUCUCUCUACUUUGUGCUGGCCUAUGCUCAGUUUGUCAAUUUUCUCGCUGCCAACAUUGUUAAUGACAAAGAGAAAAAGAUCAAAGAGGGAAUGAAAAUGAUGGGUUUGAGAGAUUCCGCAUACUGGGCCUCAUGGGCAAGCAUAUAUUUCGUCCUGAUAACCAUAGUUACAGCUGUUGUGACUCUGAUAGCAUACUUGGCCCAGUUUUAUAAAAACAGCAACAUGUUCUUGUUUUUUCUUAUUCUGGAAUUUUAUGGAAUGUCUCUGAUCACUUUUGCCUGGCUUAUAACACCAUUUUUCCAAAAAGCUCAGACAGCUGGUGGAAUUGCCAGUUUGACCUCGAUGUUGACCUCGACACUUUACCUGGCGGUCAGUAUGACCCGGACGGUCACCAGCACUGGUGAGGUGACUUACACUAUCCCCCCAGUGGGCAGAGGUUUCCUAAGUCUGAUAUCCCCUUGUGGUGUGGCUUUGGCAAUUGAUCAGAGUUUAUUCCUGGAUAUCACUGUUGGGAUGGACUUUGAGACAGUUAAGUCUGGAGAUUUCCCAUUAUAUGGAUACAUACUGAUGUUGCUGCUUGAUGCUGUUCUCUAUGGCCUCCUGGCUGUUUACCUGGAUAAUGUUGUCCCUGGUAAUUAUGGUCCCAGAUUUCCCCCUUAUUAUAUCUUUACAAAGUCAUACUGGUUUGGAAAAAAGACAAGCAAAUACUCCAGCAGGGGGGAUGACACUGCAUUAUUUUUUGGAAAUGACACUGAGGCUGUAACUGCAGAAACAAGACAGAAGCAGGGAAUCAGAAUUUACAAUAUUACAAAAGAGUUCAAAUCCAAGGAGAAGGGUAAAGGCAUGGUCAAGGCUGUUGAUGGUAUAUCCCUUGAACUCUAUGAAGGGCAGAUAACUUGCCUGUUAGGUCACAAUGGGGCAGGAAAGACAACUCUUCUGAAUAUGUUAAGUGGUCUUGUGACUCCCACAAGUGGUACAGCUAUAGUGCAGGGAUACGAUGUAUCUAACCCAUCUGAUGUGGUGAGAAUGAGAUCUAUUACCGGAGUGUGCCCUCAGCACAACAUUCUAUUUGAAGUUCUGACGUGUGUGGAACACCUCGCCUUCUACGCUGGUCUGAAAGGAAUUACAGGAGAUGAACUGACCAGAAGGAUUGACCAGACUAUAAAAGAUGUUGGACUUGAGGACCAGAAGGACACGUUUGCCAAGGACCUCAGUGGAGGGCAGAAGAGGAAGCUGUCAGUUGCCAUAGCAAUUGUUUCAGACCCUAAGAUUAUUUAUCUGGAUGAGCCAACAGCUGGUAUGGAUCCAUAUUCCAGACGGCAUCUGUGGAAUGUCCUGAAAGAGAAGAAAAAGGACAAGUUGAUUCUGUUGACCACUCAUUUUAUGGAUGAGGCAGACAUAUUGGCAGACAGGAAAGCUUUCAUAAGUAAAGGAAAACUCAAGUGCUGCGGUUCCUCCUUGUUUCUGAAGAGUAGAUUUGGCAUUGGAUAUCAUUUGAAUAUGGUGGUUGAACCAAGUUGUAAGGACACUGAGGUCACAGAGUUCGUAAAAGGUCAUGUGGAUGGGGCAGAGUUCACUCGGGUUCAUGGGAAGGAGCUCUCUUACACACUUCCUCUCAGUAAUGUCGACCAGUUCUCAGGUCUAUUCAGUGACUUGGAUGGAGGUAAAGCCGAGACUCUCGGUAUCAGGUCCUAUGGAGUCUCCAUGACAUCAUUGGAGGAGGUCUUUAUGAAGCUAGAGGAAGAUGACUCUACUGAGAAUUUGCAAGAACUGAUAGAGUCAACAAUGGACACUGAAAAUGUCCAUGUCCACAAGAACAGAGUUAGCCCGCUUACUGUAGCUGAUGUCCACACCACUGAAGUUAACAUUGACACAGAUUUGCUGGACCUUGAGAAACAGACUGAAAAUCUCUCCAGUAGGCAGUUUAAAGCCAUGGUGAAAAUGUGGGCUGUUCUCAACUUCCGUAAUAAAGCCAAUUUGAUUUUUGCCCUUGUUUUGCCAGUUGUUUUUGUGGUGAUUGGUAUGGUAAUAAAUAAAACGGCAACCAAUGUUACAAAGGACCUCACACCAACACCCCUUAGUCUGAUGGGCUUGCCGGCAUAUGCCAGGACAAGGAGUAUACCAUCAGGAGCACCAAAUUUAUUACUUCGCAAUUCUAAUGGUUCUUCAGCAAAUGAUUGGAUAAACCUGAUAAAUAGCUCCUACUACACUGAUGUUUUUGACAACACCACCAAUCUUUUGAGUAUAGCCCCACAUUAUGCUGGAUUGGAUAUCUCCAAGCUUCUGUACACAACUUCUUUUGCCAGUGCAUUUUCCAUCUUCUACAACGCCACAGCUCCACACAGUAUCCCCAUGAUUCUUAAUGCCUUGACGAAUUCCUUAUUUAGCCUGCAGGCAAACAAAUCAGGUGUGACCACUACGUCUUUUAUUUCUGCCACAAAUCUCCCCUGGACGGGAAAGGAGGAUAAUAACAGAUACAACCAGGGGGCAUUCUCCUCCAUUAUUCUUAUUGGCAUGGCAUUCAUUUCUGUGGCACCUACAUUCUCAGUGUAUAUGGUGAAGGAUAGAGAGACAAAAUUCCGAACCCAAUUGCGUUCUGCUGGAGUCAGUUUCUGGAUGUACUGGGGCACUCACCUGUGUGUUGACCUAAUUAAAUACAGUUUUCCAGGAAUUCUGUGUGUAAUAGUUGUGCUCAUUAUGCAGCUUGACAGUCUCAGCAGUGCUGGAGCGGUGGGGUCCCUGAUUCUACUGGUUCUAUUCUAUGUUCCAUCUGCGACCAUGUUCUCAUACUUGGCUUCCUACAUGUUUGACAAAGCAGUGACCUGUCAGCAAUUUAUUGUAACAAUUUUUAUAUUUCUUGGCUUGUUGCCCUAUUCAGCAGUUUCUGUGUUGGACAUGUUAGAUAAACAGGAUGUUGCCAGAAUUCUACAUAUUGUAUUCUGUUUGAUUGAUCCCCCCUACAUUAUAUUUGGGGGACUGUAUUAUAUUGAUAAGAUUUACAGGGUUAAGGUCUUCUAUUCCCUCGGCACUGUGGAAGAUGGAGAUUACUUCAAAUUAGAAAAUAACAUAGUCUACACCUACAUCCUGUGUAUUGUCGAUAUAGUAACAGUUUUUGUGCUGUUACGAAUGUUGGACAUCAAAAACACUGGUGGAGAUGUCAAAGAAGCAUUUCCUUGUCACGAAAAACAAAAUACAAUCCCUCAUACAAACAGUGAUGUCAUUCAAAAUGAAGACGAUGAUGUCAAGGCUGAAAGAGAAAGGGUCAAGGCCAUAUUUAAUAAAAACAAUUUAAAGGGCCCAGUGGCAAUUGCUGAAAACCUGAGAAAAGAAUUUGAGAAAAACAAAAGCAAACGGACUUGUUGCGGUAAAGGUGAAAAAGAAAUAAAAACCGCAGUUAGGAAUGUGUCCUUUGCAGUAGAUGAAGGAGAGGUCUUUGGGCUUCUAGGACCAAAUGGUGCUGGCAAAACAACAUUGCUGAACAUGAUGGUUGCAGAGAUGGGGCCUACCAAAGGACGUGUUGUAGUCGGAGGCUAUGAUAUCCAGUCAUGCAUGUCAGAAGCAUUCCAGGCCAUGGGCUACUGCCCACAGCACGACGCCUUGGAGGAACUGAUGACCCUGAAGGAGCACCUGCUCCUGUACGCAACCAUCAGAGGUGUGCAGGAGGACAAAGUCAAUGAUAUUGCUGAUUGGUUUAUUGAACAGCUGAAGGUUCAGGAGCAUGCCAACAAACAUUCCAAGAAACUGUCAGGGGGAACUAAGAGAAAGCUGAGUUAUGCUAUCAGCAUGCUGGGAAAACCAAAGAUAGUAUUACUUGAUGAACCUUCAACUGGAAUGGACCCUGCCUCUAAAAGAUUCCUUUGGGAUACUAUCAGUAGCAGUUUCCAGAACAGAGAGAGGGGAUCCAUUCUUACAACUCACUACAUGGAAGAGGCAGAUGCUCUCUGCUCACGUGUAGGAAUCAUGGUCAAUGGAAAGCUUGAAUGCCUUGGACCUACACAACACCUGAAGAACAAAUUUGGCAGUGGAUACAUACUAGAAGUGAAGCUGAAGGCAGGGGCAGCUAAUGAGUCGACAGAGUCCGUGGAUCAGAGGAUGGAUACAUUGGAAGAAUACGUCUUCACCAUGUUUCCUGAUGCCAUUAUUGUGGAGAGAUUUGGAUUACGAGCUCAGUACAAAGUGCCCAAGAACAACGUCAGAUCUUUAGCUCAUGUCUUCUCAUCUCUGGAGGAAGGCAAGAGAACACAUGACAUGGAGGAGUAUAAUUUCAGCCAAUCUUCUCUGGAGCAGGUGUUCCUUGAGUUUGCCAAGCGUCAGUUGGAUGAAAAUGCCACUGAAGAUGAGCGACAGAAUGAAACAAAUGAACUCACACAAUCUAUACGGCGCCGUACCUCGUCCAAGGCGAAUGUAGAGAGUCCGUCACACACAACCAUUUCUGUUCCUUUAUAGUUGUCAGGGCACCAAAGUUGUCAUGUACAUUUGUUGUGUUGAACCGGUACAUUGUUAUAAUUGCUGUUGUCAAAAUAUUUUUAAAAGGUGAAUCAGAGACGAUAUCAAAAAGAACAUACCCUGGUGGUGUUAUUUGGGUGCUUUGAAUUCUGAAUCGGUAGGAAUUAAUAGAAAGUGCUACGAAUGUUCUUAAAAAAUGUUUUCUUUUAAAGCCAGCAUUUUAAAGUCAUUUUUUAAAAAAAAUUUUAUUUAGAUAUAUGUGAUACAUGUAUAUAUUGAAUUCCAUGAUUUUAUUUUAUUUUUAUUUUGUUACAUUAUUUACAUCUUUCCAUCUAUUAGUGAUUUUUUUCCCUAUAGAGAAAUAGAUACCUUAAUGAAGUUUAUGAGACACUUGAAUGAUAUGCAUGUAUUAAUGGAAUUUAGUAGCAUUUAGUUUUGUGUGUGUAUGAACCUAAAUCUGUACAGAACAACUUUUCUAGAAAAUAGAAUUCCACAUUAUGUAUGACCUUAUUACCAUUAUUAUAGAAGGAAUAUUUAAAGUAUUAAAAGUAAUCAUUAUUUAUGUGUCCAAAGAAUUUAAAAAAAAAAAAUUACAAUCAAACAAGAUUACUUUGAGUGAAGAAGAUGUCAGGUUUUCAUCGAAUGAAUUUUGUUUACUUGAGAAUGAAAUUGUUAGUGUCAGUGUUUGAAAACAGAUAAAAUAAAUGUAUCAGUUUUUGUUGUAAAGAGGAGAAUGAUGACAUCAACUGUUGUGUUAAUCAAAAUAACCAUUUCAACCUGUUAAUAUAUCUUGUUGUAGUAACUAUAGCAUAACAUCAGAGCCAUAGAUAUAGUUAUAGACAAUCUUUUAAAUUUUGUACACGUACAUCUUGUUCUUCUGUACCUGGUAAUUUAUUUUUUUGUCAAAGUUGAUGGAUUGUAUAAUGGCUUUCACUUUGCUCAGAUAUAUUUUCACUUGUAAACAAAAUAUUUUUACUUUAAUUAGAAUCUGUGUAUAUAUCUACAUGUAUAUUUUAAGGUUAUUUUCUUGGUUUUACUUGGUCAAAAAUAAAACUGCUGUAAAAAAUAUGUAUUAUGUGUCUCAGUAGUAUGAACUUCAAUGUACUGCAAAGUUUUUACUCAGGUUAUUAAGUAAUCAAUGUAUAUGUUCGAGGGUUGUCCAUAAAUUUUGUAGACAAAUGCUAUAAUUUUCUUAAUGAUGACCACACUGCCAAGUUUUACUAUAUAGACCAUGCUUUAGUAAAUGUUUAAAGAUUAAAACAAUUUUCAGUUAAAUCUGUUAUAAUAUUCCCAGUUGAUUAAAUAAUUAUUUUGUCUCUGAUGCCGUUUUAAUCAUAUCAACACAUAAUUUUAUGGUUGGAUGCAGCUCUGUUCAGAUGGCUGACGUUCCUUUUUCUUGCAUUUUCAAAGACAUAUUUCUUGCAUUUCUUCUUGAUGUUUCUAUUUGUGGUCCAAGAACCGAUAUUAAAGAUACAAGGAAAAAAUGGGAGUUGCCUUUUUACGAGACAUUAAAUCUUAAUUAAUUUAUUGAACUUUGACUCCUUUUCUGUAUAAGAUAAUCAUUUUAAUCCAAAAACUUCAUUUCAAAAUUUAUAACAUUUCAACCCUCAGGGCCAUUGGCACUAUCUGCAACCUUUAAAAAUGGUGACUUUGACAAAAAAACUAAGUUCAAUCACUCCAAAUCAAACUAUCCUGACUUGGAUUUUCACAACAAAUAUUUCGGUAUACAGCAUGUAUACAUGUAUUGUAGAACCACUCAAAUUGACAAAAACGCCUUGUCCACGAACUUUAUGGACAAUCCUCGUACAUGUAAUAUACAUGUUUAAGUGGUGCUUGUUUCAGGUACUUUUUCUGAAACUUUUGCUAUCUUUUAGUGGCUGUUUUACAAGUGGUAUUACAUUUGCCUAUUAUAUUAUAUACGCUGUAUAUGUACUUGACUGUUGUGCAAGUAUAAUUACAAUAAAGUUAGAGUAUUUGAA